CCCUCUCACAGGUUAACUACAGCCAGAACACACACUGACAGAGCAUUCAUUUAGAUGCAUUUAAGGAACCAUUUAUCAUCUGAGAGCCUAACCAACGAUACCUGAUCUGGAAAUACAAUGGAGACAAUACGCCUCAGCCUCUUUGUAAUGCUGUGUGUGGGAGUCCAGAGAGCAUCCUCAGAUUUCUUGCAUCGGCAAAAAAGAAAUUGGAUCAUUGAUUCCUUUAUUAUUGAUGAAGGUUAUAGUGGACAAUUCCCAUAUUUACUGGGCAAAAUUCAAAUUGAGAAAAGCCUCACCCUUUUCAAGAUACAAGGUGAAGGCGUUGAUAAGGAACCCAGAGAUGUAUUAAAAAUCGACGAAAACACAGGGGAGAUUUUUGUCCACCGCGCUGUAGACUAUGAGAAACACAAAUCUUUGAAGUUAGUAUUUCAGGCAUUUGAUAAAGAAAAAAAUAUAAUAGACACACAGCUGGGCAUUGAGAUAACAAUAGCUGAUGCAAAUGACAACAUCCCAAAGUUUGACUUUGAAAAGCGCGAGAUCCGCAUAGAAGAGGCAACAGUACAAGGCACUGAUUUGAUUCUCAUUAAGGCAAGCGAUGGUGACGCCUCUCUGGAAAAUAGUGAACUUGAUUUAAAAAUAGUCUCCGUCACUCCUACACCACAUGAUCUGGAGUUCUACUUAGUCCAGACCCCUGGUACUCAAUCUGGAAUCAUUUCAUUUAAAGGCUGUUUGGAAUAUGAGGAGGCAAAGAAAUACACGAUUAUAGUGGAGGCAAAAGACCAUGGGAAAAAAAUACAGCAGUCCAGCUCCUGCACUGUGAUCAUCAACAUAGAAGAUGGAAACAACCACAUUCCUGAGAUCACAGGACAAACAGGUCCAGGGAGAGUGAAGGAAGGAGAGGAAAAUGUUCUGAUAUUUCGGCUACAAGUUGCGGACAAAGACACUGUGGGUACGGCUGCCUGGAGAGCGAUAUAUCAUGUCCACGGAGACACAAACAACAACUUCAGAAUCAGUACUGAUCCCGUGACAAACGAGGGACUGCUGUAUGUGGAGAAGCACCUGGACUAUGAAGAAAGCCCUUCCAAGAAUGUGACUAUCAGUGUAGAGAAUGAGAUUGCUUAUUACACAUGCAAAGUGGUGAGAAAAACAAGCGUUGGUCUUUGGGAAGUAGUCACUGCAGGAAGUGUUACUACUGUUGCCUUGACUGGGGAAGAGAAAACAGGUCUGUCUGUCCGCCGAGUGACAGUGACUGUGGAGGAUGUGAAUGAGGCGCCAAUCUUCGACGAACCCAACAAACGAGUUACAAUGAACGAGAAUAUUGAGAGUGAACAGUAUCUGGGGACAUUUACAGCUAGAGAUCCUGACAUCUUCAGUCCAAACACAUUUGUAUACAUGACAGGAGAUGAUCCAGCUGGCUGGGUCAAAGUGGACCCCGUGACUGGAAAAGUAACCACAAUAAAGACGAUGGACCGAGAGUCAACCUUUGUGAAAGACAGCAUCUAUACAGUCACAAUAUAUGCUGUUGAUGACGGCAAACCUCCACAGACAGGAACUGCAACCCUCAGCAUCCAUAUUAACGAUGACAAUGACAAUGUUCCAACCCUGACUACAAACGUAAUCGACAUGUGCCAAUCUGAAGGACCCUCCGUGGCCAACAUCACAGUCGUGGACCUGGAUGAAGAGCCCUAUGGUGGACCUUUCCACUUCAAGCUCCUUGGAGAUGUUAGGAACAAAUGGAGUGUUGACCCUCAACAAGGGUAUUCGGUUAACUUGGUGAAAGAGAACAGCGUUCAUUCGGGACAGUUUACCCUGCAGUUGGAAGUGUCUGACCGUCAGCACAAAACCGCCGUCCACACCGUGUCAGUUACUGUGUGCGACUGCUUAGACACAACGGCACCAAACUGUCGCUUCCGCAAAGUCACUGGCUCUGCAGCAGGAGCUGGAGCACUUGGGAUCAUUUUUUUUGGCAUGCUGCUUUUUGCAGGUCUAUUGCUUUUGGUGUUUCUGGUGUCAUGUAAGGCAGAGAGCAAAGAAAUCCCAGAUGAAUCAGACGAAGGUCAACAACAUCUAAUAAAUUCUAACACUGAGGCACCAGGAACUGAUUGCAAAGUGUUGUCUUUAUAUCAAGGACCGAGUCAGAAUGUGAAACAAACUCCACCGACAACAAUCAUACGGAAGAAAUCAGUCAAUACUACUGCAGCAGCAGCAGCAGGGUCACAAGAGCAAACCACAACCGACCAUGUUCAACAGCGAAGGGACUGUUUCGGCUGGUUAGAUGGCUCAGCCAACUCAACAUCACAACAAUACUACCAAACAAAAUCCUUAAUGCGGCAAGAGUUUACACGUGAGGACUCAACGGAUUGGAAAUAUUUGAGUUCCCAAUCGAUGGGUGCAUCGUCAAACGUGAGAACAAGACAUCAGCAUGAAAACUCUGCGCACAGGUAUUUGAUGAAAGGCAGUAAAAUCUCUGCAGAAUAUGACAUUGACAGCUACAGACAAUAUCUGCACGAAAUACUGAAUGAGAGGCUGUGCAACCUCAAGGCAUCAGAAGAGGAGGACGUGAAUUACGACAUUCUUCAUGUUUAUGAUGAGGAACGCCAGACUGAGUUCAACUAUGAACUCGAUCCCAUCCCCAUCUCUGAUGUUUCCUUUGAUCCAGACCUGAACCUGGAUUUCAAAUUCAAUACUCUGGCCUCAAUCUGCAUGCCUCCUGAAAGUACUGCCUGCAGUACUAGAACCUCCCAUGUAAUGGAAAAUUUUGUGAUCAAAAUGGAAAGUGAAAAAACUAGCAUGAACAUUCAAUCACAUUUCUAAACUAUGCAUUGCUAUAUUUUUGAUCAAAUAAUCAUGACAAAUGUUGCUUGUAUCAGGUCCAGGUGACUCAGCAAGUUUUGUUACCUUUAUCAAUACUUGACAGAUUCAUUUAUCUUCUCUAGAUUCUGUAUCUGUCAGUGAUGGCGGGGGGAAAAUUUUGAAAAUUAGAACUUAGUUAACAACAGUGGGUGUGCACCAGUGAGUAAUGUUACCAAAAGGUCACCCUUCAGAGUCUCUGCUCUGUGGUAGAAUUCAGACUGAAGAAGGAAAGCUGGUACAUUUGUUACAGGACUCACAUUUUGGUAAGAAGACAUUUUCUGUCUUUCUAUUGUAUGCAACAGAACAAACCAUCUUGACUAUUUGAAUGUUUAUCUUUCUCCUUUCCUGCAAGCAACAUUCAAGGUGGAUGAGGAAUUACUGAUGGCUUCUUAAAAACUGAAAAGCGCAGAAAAACUGUUCGAACAACUGAAAUUCUUGGACUAACUUGAACAUCUCUUUAUAUCGCAAAA